AGGCCACAGAAGGUAAUUUGGGCCUUGCGCUGCGACUAGUUUUGACGGGUAGCUCCGUUUGGGUGAAGACGAAGUGUGUGUGACGAUGCAGUUCUGGAAGCCAGGGACGGAGAAGCCGGAGGCUCGGGUGGUCGACGACGGAGAAGGCGGUGUUCUAUUCAUCCCCGGUCCCAAUUCUCUCUCUUCUUCCUCUUCUUCUGGAUAUGGAUACGCCUCCAUCGAGAAACAACGGCUGCGAUUGCCUGUCUACAAGUACCGCACUGCCAUUCUCUACCUCGUCGAGACUCACGCCACCACCAUCAUCGUCGGCGAGACUGGCAGUGGCAAAACCACUCAAAUCCCUCAGUUCCUGAAGGAAGCAGGUUGGGCUUCCGGUGGCCGCCUCAUUGCGUGUACUCAACCUCGACGACUAGCUGUUCAGGCUGUUGCUUCCAGAGUUGCCCAAGAGAUGGGUGUCCAGCUCGGUGAUGAAGUUGGCUACACCAUUAGGUUUGAAGAUCUUACCAAACCUGAUGUGACGGUGAUUAAAUUUUUGACUGACGGGGUGCUCCUGAGGGAGAUGAUGGCUGAUCCCCUCUUGACCAAAUACAGUGUUAUAAUGGUGGAUGAAGCUCAUGAAAGGUCGAUUUCAACUGACAUUUUGCUUGGACUAUUGAAAAAGAUUCAACGGCGUCGACCGGAGUUGCGAUUGAUUAUCGCAUCUGCCACUAUUGAAGCGAAAUCAAUGGCAGACUUCUUCCGUACGAGAAAAAAACGCCGGGAACCUGAAACUGAGGAGCAUGGACUGAAAGUGGAACCUGCAAUAUUAUCAGUUGAGGGAAGAGGCUUCAAUGUUCAAAUUAAUUAUGCUGAGGAACCAGUCCAAGACUAUGUUCAGGCUGCUGUGUCAACAGUACUCUUGAUCCAUGAGCGGGAGCCACCUGGAGACAUUCUGCUGUUUCUUACUGGCCAAGAUGAUAUUGAUGCUGCUGUUCAGUUACUCAAUGAUCAAAAUAAUGGAAAACACUCUUCAGGAUUGAUAAUAUUGCCUCUGUAUUCAGGACUUCCACGUGCUGACCAGGAGCUAGUGUUUUCCACAAUUCCUAGAGGAAAGAGGAAAGUAGUAAUUUCUACUAAUAUAGCAGAAACAUCACUCACAUUGGAGGGCAUUGUCUAUGUUGUUGACAGUGGAUUCUCAAAACAACGGUUCUACAAUCCGAUUUCAGAUAUCGAAAAUCUUGUUGUGGCACCAAUAUCUAGGGCUUCUGCUAGGCAAAGAGCUGGUAGGGCUGGACGAGUUCGACCAGGAAAGUGUUACAGGCUAUAUACAGAAGAAUAUUUUUUAAACCACAUGGCUAAUGAGGGAAUUCCAGAGAUACAGAGGUCAAAUCUCGUCUCCUGUGUAAUCCAGUUAAAGGCUUUGGGGAUUGAUAAUAUCUUGGGCUUUGACUGGCCAGCGUCUCCAUCUCCUGAAGCAAUGAUCCGAGCAGUAGAAGUUCUCUACUCACUUGGGGUCAUGGAUGAUGAUGCUAAGCUUACUUCACCUACUGGAUUUCAAGUUGCAGAAAUUCCACUGGACCCAAUGAUCUCAAAAAUGAUGAUAGCUUCCAGCCAACUUGGGUGUUCAGAGGAGAUAAUCACAAUUGCUGCUGUUCUUUCUGUCCAAUCUAUCUGGAUCGCAGGAAGAGGGAUACAAAAGGAAUCAGAUGAAGCGAAAUUGAGAUUUGCUGCUGCCGAGGGUGACCAUGUAACGUUCCUUAAUUUAUACAAGGGGUUCCAUCAGUCUGGUAAAUCUUCACAAUGGUGUCACAAAAAUUUCGUGAACUAUCAUGCCAUGAAAAAGGUUCUUGAAGUUAGAGAACAACUCAGGAGAAUUGCACAGAGGAUAGGCUUAGUCUUAAAGUCUUGCGAAAGUGAUAUACAGGUGGUGAGAAAAGCAGUUACUGCUGGCUUUUUCGCUAAUGCAUGCAAUCUUGAGGCAUACAGCCAUAAUGGGAUGUACAAGACAUUAAGAGGAUCACAAGAAGUUUAUAUUCACCCAUCGUCGGUGCUAUUCAGAGUAAAUCCGAAGUGGGUUAUAUACACUUCUCUUGUAUCAACUGAUCGACAAUACAUGCGUAAUGUCAUGACAAUAGAUCCAUCGUGGCUAUUGGAGGCUGCUCCUCACUUCUACCAGCUACAACAACCGAAUCUUCGUCACUAAUCACCUUAGGCUUAUUAAUUGAAAGUCUAAGGCGAAGGGGAAAAAAUGCUAACAUAUCGAGUUUCAGUUCAAGUAAAGCAGAUUAACCAGUGGUAUGGAGACUGGAUAGAAACUCUUAAUUACUCUUAUGUAAACUGGAUAUACCUUAUGCAAGUUAGAAUUUUUUCAUUC